AUGAUAAUAAAGUCUAAAGCUACAGUAACUAAGAUUAAAUUGCCUCAAUUAGCUAUGAGUCAUAUUCGUGAAAGAUCUACUAGACAUUCAAAAACUAGAUCUUUAAAUCCAACUCAAUCUCCAAUUUCUAAAAUGUUAUAACCAACAACUCCUUUACAUUCAACUCAUCAUAAAAAUUCAUCCUAUUAUCAUUAUUCUAGUAUAAUGAAAAUAGAAUAAACACCUCUUAAUGAUGGUGAAAUGUUUAAUUGCUUAUAUAAGCCACUUGAUGUUGCACCUUCAACUAAAAAUAAAGAAAGUGGUCUAAAGCGUAUGCGUAAUAGUAGCAAUGAGAACUUCUAAAAUAAUUUUAUGAUAUCUAGAGAUCCUCGUAGAAGCGCACCUGAUUUAGACUUGUAUCCUAAUUACUUGAUAAAACCUCAGUAAUAAAAUAAAACUAAGAGAAUUGAAAUAAGAGAAAAAAUUAUGGAGAUAUAUAAUUAAGUAGAGAAGUUAUUGCAAAACCAUAAAGGCUAUGUUAGAUAAAUCGAUAAAAAGUAAGUUGUUAUUACAUUAGUAAAAUUAAGAAAAGAAUUUAUACUUUUAAAUUAAGAUUAUAAUGAUUAUUAUAUAUUACCACAAGCAGAACCAGAUGUUGAAUUUCAAAAUAGAAUAGAAAUGUUAAUAUAAUUAUUUUAACCAAAUAAAUUAUAACGAACUAACAGAAUCAAUUUACUUAAUUUUGAUGACUCAUUCAAUGCAGCUGAACAAAGUUAAAUUAUGCAACUAAUGUCAGAUUAGUUAAGUGAUCAAGAUUAAUAUAAUACAACCUCUCAUUAAUCUUGUGAAAACUUAUCAGAAGUGUCUGCAGCUGUCAGUUAAACCAAAAGAAAUGCAUAAUAAAACAGAACUAUUAAGGUUUCUGUGUCUAGAUAAUCAAAGUUAAUCAAUCCCUUAGAGUUAUUAUAAAUUUAACAAACAAAAGUUGAUUCAUAAAAAUAAAAACGCAAAACUAUUAAAUAAGAUUUCAAAGGAGAAUCUAAAAAUUAAAUUCCUCGUAAAUAUACCAAAUUAAGUAUUGAAGAUAUCACUGAUCCUAAAGAGAAGAAUAUUAAUAUUAAUUAUUCAGAUGAUGAAGAUUAACCAAGUGAAAAUGGAACAGCAGACAAAGGCACAGAUACAAAGAGAAAAGUUAGGAGAGACGCAAAAUUAAUAAUCAGAAAAAAUGCCAUUUUUGGUGCUAAUGGUCAAUAAAUUGAUAAAAAAAAUUGUAGAAUAAAUACUGAUGGUUAAUUGGUUAGUGAUUAAAUGUCAGAUUAAGAAAAAUCUAGUGAUAAUAGAAGAUAAUCAGAAGAAACAAAUCGAAAUGGAUUAGAAAAUAGAGAAGAUUUAUUAUCCAAUUAAGAACAAAUUGAAGAAAUCUUAAAUUAAGUUGAGAAUGAAUUGAUUACUUAUCAAAAAGGAGAUGAAAAUGAUAAUUUAAGAAGGAGAUCAAAUCCUAUGCAAUUUGAUAUCAAUUUUAAUUAGUAAACCAAAAACAAAUUUCAACAUUAACAAAACAAAUAUGAUCAAAAUCUUAUCAUCAAAUAAAGUUAAAUUUACAAAACAGAACCUGAAUUUUUAAAUUAAAUAAUUGAUGAAACCGGUUUGAUCUAAGCUUUAUACAAUUGUCAAUAUAUAUAUGAUUCUAGAAUAUUGGAUCUAUAUAGAAUAGACAAAUAAUAUACUACAUGGGAUGAUGAUAUAGAUUAUAUCUACUGUGGGGAGUAUUAAUUUAGAUGA